AACAUGUAGGUUCAUAUCUAUAUAAACAGCUAUGGUGAAAGCAAGUAUAUAUCCUUAAUCCUUUCUAUUUACGUUCUUCUUGUUUACCAAAGAAACUAAAGACAGAUGGCGGAAAAAAUAUUGGUUGCAGCGGUGAGUCCAGCCGCUACUAAAGCAGUAAACUUUCUGGUGGACAGCGUUUCGAAACUGCUGAUUGAAAAUUGUAAGCUGAUAGAAGGUGCAGAGGGGGAUUUCAAGCGUUUGUUGCGUGAGAUCGAACCCCUAAAUGAGUUACUAGCUGCAGAUUAUGCAGAGGUGAAAAGCAAUAGCAUGAUCAACUCGGAUAAGUUUUUCCAGAACAUCCAACGCACAGCGUAUAAAGCUGAGGAUGCCAUUGACAAAUUCCUGGUUCAGAAAAUGAUUGACCAGGACAAGACAAUCGCUAAAUUCCUUCCAUUCUACAAAUGGAUCAAUAAUUGGAAAAUGGCACCGGAGUUCAAAGAAAUUCUUGAAGAAAUGGGGGAAAUUCGCCAACUCAGUCAACAAGCUUUUCAGAAAAGCACACAAACUACUCAGCACCCUGACAAAAGUGCCAGUGAUGCCCAGGAAACGCAGGGUCCUGCGGAGGAGGAUAUCGAAGUGGUUGGAUUUGAUGAGCCUGCAAACGAAGUGAUGAAGCGACUUCGUGAAGGAUCAGAGGAUCUAGAUGUUGUCCCUAUUGUGGGCAUGCCGGGGCUUGGCAAAACCACACUGGCAAGAAAAGUCUAUAAUGAUGAUUACAUUGAUGAUCAUUUUUACAAAAGAAUUUGGGUUUAUGUCGGCCAGUCAUAUAAGCUAAAGAAUAUUCUUCUUGAUAUUCUGAAAGAGUUCGCGCCACGCACUGAAGAAUUCAAAGACAAGAAUGAGGACCAAUUAACUGAGGUCAUACGUAAUUUUGUGGUUGAAGGAGGUAAAUAUCUCAUUGUCUUGGACGAUGUGUGGGAAGCAGAAGUUGUGGCUUUUGUCAAGAAAGUUUUCCCGAACAAGAAAGGUCGCUGCGACCGAAUCAUGGUGACCACUCGCCUAGACCGUGUGGCUAACGCUAAAGGCGCAGUUCCUCACGUUCUUGAACCUUUGUCUCCAGUGGAAAGUUUUGAGUUGUUAGAAAACAGAGUUUUUGGCAAAACAAAUAAGUGUCCUAUUGAGUUAAAAGAAUACGGGGAGAAAAUUGUAAAACAUUGUGGUGGUGUACCACUUGCAAUAGUGGUGAUUGCAGGAGCUUUGGGAGGUUGUAUGGACGAAAGCGAAUGGCGAGUAGUUGAGAAAAAUGUGGGGAAACAUCUUAUGAACAAAAACGACCAUAAAAGCUGCUUGAAAUUUGUUGAAACGAGUUAUAAUCAUUUGCCUACAGAGAAAAAGGCGGCUUUCUUGUAUUUGGGAGUUUUUCCUCAAGGCUUUGAUAUCCCUGCUUGGAAGCUGAUUCGCUUAUGGAUUGCUGAGGGACUGAUAGAGUCCGACUUUGAAGGCAGUGAAAUCGAGGAGAUUGCAGAGUCUUACUUGAGCGACUUUGCCAGUAGGAAUUUAGUGAUGGUGAUGCAGAAAAAAUCUAACAGUACUCAAAUCAAAACAUGUCGUGUUCACGACAUGUUGCAUGAGUUCUGCAAUGUUGAGGCUAAAAGAAUAAGUCUCUUUCAACAAGUAAAUCUCAAACCUGGUGUUCGAGUUUUUCCUUCUAUAGAAGAUCCUAGUACUUCUCGUCGAUUAUGUAUUCAAUCAUCUAUUCCGUAUAAUUUUAUCCCUAAAGAUAGAAUUGUACAACAUGUUAGGUCUCUCUUAUGCUUUUCCUCAACACAAAAGCAAAUCGACUUGACUAAUCUAGAGGUCGACCUCAUCCCCAGUGCAUUUCCACUCAUCAGGGUGUUGGACAUUCAAUCCCUCGUAUUUGAAUUCUCUGAGAUAUUUUAUCGGCUAUUUCACUUGAAGUAUAUUGCUAUCUCAGGUGAAUUCCCGGUCCUUCCUCCACUCAUUGGUAAUUUUUGGAAUUUACAAACCCUUAUAAUUCAUACCUCACAUUCCACCCUUAAGAUAGCAGAUGACAUUUGGAAAAUGCUACGAUUGAGACAUCUGCACACCAACAUUCCUGCAAAAUUGCCGCCCCCUCCUACCCAAACAAGCAAAAGUUCUUGCCUACAAACUCUUUCUAAGGUUACACCAGACAGUUGCAAGGAAACUAUGCUUGCGAAGGCUUGUCAUCUCAAAAAAUUGGGCAUCGAAGGGAGAUUGACAUCUCUUCUUGGAACUAACAAGGGUGGAUUCGACAGUUUCGAAAAGCUAAGAUGCCUGGAACAUUUGAAAUUGUUGAACGAUAUUGAUUGUAUUGAAGAGCUUCACCUUCCUCCAAAAUUCUUCAGUUUACAACAAACACUGAAGAAGUUAACUUUGUCAAGUACAUAUUUUGAGUGGAGUGAGGCAGAUACGUUGGGACAAUUGGAAUGUCUUAAGGUCCUAAAGUUGAAAGACAAUGCAUUCACAGGAGAGACGUGGAAGCCGAAGAAAGGAAGUUUUAGCAAGAUCCAAGUCCUGUGGAUUGACCGGGCAGAAAGCUGGGAAACUUGGGACGCAUCAAAUCAUCCCUUCCAAAAUCUUAAGCGCCUUGUUCUUCUCUCCUGUUAUAAGCUUAAGGCUGUGCCACAUGAGCUGGCUGAUUUACCUUACCUUCAAGAAAUGAGGCUGGAGCGCACAUUCGAAGCAGUCAAUUCUGCAAAAGAGAUCAAAAGAGAGAAACUAGGGAAGCAAGCUCCUGGAAGCAAUUACAAAUUCAAUCUCAUUAUAUUCCCUCAAGGAGAUGCCAAGGCCAUACAAUGAAGUUGAAAUUAAGGUCAGUAAAAUUCAUUCAUUUUGUCUUGAAAUGAUUUUACAUCUUCAUCAUAAAUUGUGUUGGCCGUUUUCAUAAAAUAAGUUACUUUCUAGGUUGUACCAAAUGUCGCCUUUUUUUGCCAAUCCAUGAAUUCAAUAAGUACUCCACCGUAGUAUAUAAUUUUGGUGCCAUCUACUUCAUCAUCAUGAUAACCAGUUUUUAAAACUUGUUACUACU